CGAACGCGAGUGUCUUUUGCUGAAAAGCAUUUUUCACCAUGCUAAAGCUGUCGCUAAAACGUUUUGCCUCGGUUCUGUGCUUUCAAAUGCUUUUUCUCAUGGUGGACUUGGGAAUCAACAGCUUCUCGUAUCUCGCCCGUGGUCAUCAUUCGGCUGUGAUUUUUCUGUUCAUUGCCCAGGAUGUGUGCUUGAUGCUAUCGUUCACGGCCUUUGUCUUCAGCCUGUACUCGACCUACGUAUAUCAGGCGGGAAUGGCCAAUCUGCUGUAUGAAAAAUUCCGUACACCGCUGCUGAUAAGCAUGAUCUACUUUUUCCUCAGCAUCGCUCUUCACCUCUGGCAGGUAGUUGGACAUUCUAGUGAACCAUAUCAAUUCCAGUGGCCAAAAGCACUGACCGCACUGUUCAUCAUACAUCGACUGUUUUCGCCCAUCUAUUAUUACCUCUACAAGAAAUCCGCUCUGAAGAUGAGUGAUCCACGAUUCUACGAAAAUCUGGACUGGAUUGCUUCACUGCUGUCGAUUAAAUAAAUCUGCAACGCAAAUGAGAAUGGUUGAAAGCGCACUAAAUGUUCCAUAUUUAAGACAGUUACACUAUGUAUGCAUAACGCUAGUCAGAUUGUAUUA